AUGUUUUCUCGUGCACCCUUGCAAUGGGCACAUUUACGGUCGACAGGGACCGGCCUAUAUUCAGGGCGCUUGAACACGCGCUAUUUUGACUUUGGGAAGAAGUUUUUCUCUCACAAUUCGUACUACACCGCAAGUAUCGUUGUGGGAACUUUAGCGCUCGCUUAUGGCUCCGUUCCUCUAUACAAAAUGGUUUGUCAACAGAUCGGCUGGAACGGUCAACCAGUACUCACACACCGGACCGGAGACGGUGACACCUCAUCGCGCGUGACGCCAGUGACCGAUGCUCGUCGUCUUCGAAUCACCUUCAAUGGUUCAGUGUCAGACGUCCUUCCUUGGAAAUUUACACCACAGCAGCGUGAAGUCUGUGUGUUGCCCGGUGAGACGGCACUUGCUUUUUAUACCGCGACAAAUAAAGGCCCGACGGACAUUAUCGGUGUUGCAACAUACAGUGUUACUCCUGGUCAGGUCGCCCCAUAUUUCAGCAAGAUACAGUGCUUCUGCUUUGAAGAGCAGAAAUUGAAUGCUGGAGAGUCUGUUGAUAUGCCUGUGUUCUUCUUCAUUGACCCGGAUUUUGUGAAAGAUCCGGCCAUGAAGGGCAUCGACACCAUCACUUUGUCGUAUACUUUCUUCAAAGCGAAGUAUGAUGACAAUGGGGUUCUGAAACCGAUACCCGCUGCUUAG